AUGGCUGAUCCGGCCCCCGCCAUCUCCCAUCUCCGCACCAAUUCAUGGGCGAACAACCUCAUUUCUUCAGAGGACUACAUACCAAUUCCGACAGAUUCCCGACGCCCGAAAUCAACCGGCGAAGAUGGCUUCAUCGCGGAAACCCUUGCUACUCCCACCACAAUCCCCUACUGCCUAACACUGCAACGGCGCAAUCUCGCACCCGUGCCCUCGGAAGUCCCCGCCUGGCUCCCCGCAACGAAAGAAGAUGCCGAGUCAGCCGCAAAGCCGACACCGGGAGUGAAUCCCGCGGACGUUAUAAUGCUCUUUGAUCUCCGCAGCCCAGGGAUAUCAGGCCACCCGUCUACUGUGCACGGCGGAAUUGUCGCGUCGCUGAUUGACGAGGCUAUGUCCCUCGCUGUUGCGGUGCACACCAGUGCGCCUAGUGCCCAUGCCGCCGAGGAAAAUCCGCGCGGAAAGAUUUUCACAGCCCAAUUGGAUGUGCGGUAUAAGAGGCGGGUGGCUACGCCUGCUUUGUUGGUUAUUAAGGCGCGGGUUGUUGGGAGGCAAGGAAAGAAAUUUUGGGUGCGGGCUCAGGCGCUGCAGGAGGCCGAGGAUGCCGGGGGACAUCUGGAGUGGGCCAAGAGGAAGGUUGUCAAGGCUGAGGCUAUGGCCUUCUGGAUUGUGACCCCUGAGGCGAAGUUGUGA